UCGGGUCAGUGCCCUCUCCCGGGUCAGCGCCCCCGCAGACAGACACACUGCACUGAGGACAUGUUCCACCAGCAGCUGGAAACAGCUCCUUUCGGUGCAUUUUCAUACAUUUAAGGAGGGAAUAUGAGUCUGCUUCAUGGGGCGUCAGGAGCCCGGUGAGGAACCUCAGAGUCUUUUGAAGCUUCAGGUCCCGCUGGAUCUAACAGACCCCCUCCUCAGGGUUAGAGCGUGUCUGUGUGAUCGGAGACAUGCCGGCUGCUCCUCAAAGAUGCACCAACGACACCUCGCCCCCCCUCUGCUAUGAGGAGUCUGCAGGUGAGGCUGUGAUCAUCAUCCCGUGCGUGCUGGCUGUGAGCUUCCUCUUCAUCCUGACCCUCAUCUUCUGCAGCCUGCACAGGAACAAGCAGCGAGCGCACAGCCCCCCCGCACACUUCACUAAUGUGUGUGUGUCCGGCCAGCAGGGGGUGUCUUUGCCUGCAGCUUCCCCCCCUCCUCUGAAGGUCCAGCCCUCUCUGAGGUCCUGGGAGAUCCCGGAGGAUUCGGUCCUGGAGGGUCUGCAGGUCUGGCAUCAGGGUCGGCACGGCCCCGUCUGUAAGGGUCUGCUGAGGAGGAGGGACGGGGGCCCCCCCACUGCUGUGGUGGUGAAGACCCUCCGAGAUGGCUGGGGCCCGGCGGAGGAGGCCCGGUUCGAGCAGCGCCUGCUGUUCCACGCCUCGGUGUGUAAGCACCAGAACGUUCUGCGGAUGAUGUUCUGUCAGACAGAACGACUGCCCGUCUGUCUGCUGCACGAGGCCUGCAGCCCGGGGAACCUGCUGAACUUCCUCUGGAGCCUCCGACACGAUGACCCCCCCCCUGCAGACCCGGCGCUGAUCUUCUCGGAGAGGUCGGUGUUUGAGGUCGCACAGCAGGUGGCAGCCGGCCUCGACUACCUGAUGUCCGACCACAGGCUGGUGCACGGCUACGUGGCUGCCAGGAACAUCCUGAUCGGGCCCGGGCUCUCGGUGCAGGUCUCGGGGCUCGGCGGGGCAUUUUCGAGCCGUGGGAAGGAUCCAGGGGGGGCCGGCGGGGCCCCUCUGAAGUGGCAGGCUCCGGAAAGGGUCCUGAUGCAGCUCAGCAUCGACCGGAGCGACGUGUGGUCCUUCGGCAUCCUGCUGUAUGAGCUGAUUACUCUCGGUGCUCCUCCGUACCCGGACCUGGAGCCUCAGGAGGUUCUGCAGAAGCUGCAGGGGUCCUACCGCAUGAAGAGACCCAAGAACUGUGGAGGGACACUCUACGACCUGAUGAAGUACUGCUGGAUGUGGAGCUUUAAGGACCGGCCCGCCUUCUCCGCCAUCCUGAAGCUGCUGCGGGCCUCACAGCGCCUGGCAGACCAGAACCACAUCUCUGUCCCCGGACCCAUUCACAUACCAGAGUACCACAGGAGGGCCGGCCUGAUGCCCCCCCGACAGGAAACACACUGAGAGCAGUAGAAGUACUCAGAUCUAGAGUAAAGUAGAAGUACUCAGAUCUAGAGUAAAGUAGAAGUACUCAGGUCUUGUACUUGAGUAAAGUAGAAGUACUCAGGUCUUGUACUUGAGUUAAAGUAGAAGUACUCAGGUCUUGUACUUGAGUUAAAGUAGAAGUACUCAGAUCUGGUACUUGAGUAAAGUAGAAGUACUCAGAUCUGGUACUUGAGUUAAAGUAGAAGUACUCGGGUCUUGUACUUGAGUAAAGUAGAAGUACUCAGAUCUGGUACUUGAGUAAAGUAGAAGUACUCAGAUCUGGUACUUGAGUUAAAGUAGAAGUACUCAGAUCUUCUACUUGAGUAAAGUAGAAGUACUCAGAUCUGGUACUUGAGUAAAGUAGAAGUACUCAGGUCUUGUACUUUAGUAAAGUAGAAGUACUCAGGUCUUGUACUUGAGUAAAGUAGAAGUACUCAGAUCUGGUACUUGAGUAAAAGUAGAAGUACUCAGAUCUAGAGUAAAGUAGAAGUACUCAGGUCUUGAGUAAAGUAGAAGUACCAGAGUGCAGGAGUACUCUGUCUCAGUAAAAGUAGGAAGUGUUCUCAUCAUUCAUCCAGAUCUGCCUAGCAACUAAAGGAACUAAAUACAUGUAGUGGAGUAAAAGUACACAGUAGCAUGAAAUGUAAAUACUCGAGCUCAGUACCUUAAAAUGGUACCUGAGUAGAUGUACCUUAAAAUGGUACCUGAGUAGAUGUACCUUAAAAUGGUACCUGAGUAGAUGUACCUUAAAAUGGUACCUGAGUAGAUGUACCUUAAAAUGGUACCUGAGUAGAUGUACCUUAAAAUGGUACCUGAGUAGAUGUACCUUAAAAUGGUACCUGAGUAGAUGUACUUACAGCUCGUUUACAGAGAUAUGUGUUACGUCAGUAAUGAGUGUCAAAUAAAACCACUGGAAACAUUCCAUUUCAUUUCCUCUUUAUUGUCAAAAAAUGUACAGCCAGUCAAAGUAAAAGCACAGAUCUUAUUCUUCAUGAAGAGCGUUCUGUUUGUUAUGGGGGGGCAGAGUAGAGCUGAGUGUGAAAAACAUCACGCCACAGUCCAGAGCAACACACCCACACAGGAAGCUGAAUGUCCAGAGAGAAAGGAGGGUUUGAACGCCACACUGCGGACCCUCUCUGGUUAGUAAGGGGGGGGGGGCGUUCUGUUCGUUUUAUCUCUACUGGGACAUGGCUCUGUUGUGAUUGGUCAACCAACUUAGAGCUGUCCCGCCCACUUCAGCACAAUGUGUUGGAGUGCUAGCCAAUAGCAGCGUGAGUGUUACAGAGUGAUGUCACUGUGUUCUGGAAGUGUGUGGGAGAGAAACAAAAAUGAACAGAACACACUGAAAGAGAACACCCCCCCAAAGCAGAAUAGGGGCCCUUUUAAAAAAAAUAAUGGUGAUCUGCCCCCCGAUUAAAGGUUAGAGCCGGUCCAAAUGAAAAAGGUGGGUUUACUGUAUGACCUCCAGGUGACUCACACAGGAUGAGCCCAUCACACUGAAUACUGGCCCAGUUAAAGAUCAACACGGAGAGGGGGGGGGGGGGGGUGGAGCCACUGGUUAAACUGGAAUGCCUCCUAAAACAGAGACACGCAGCGACCAAACAGAA